AUGUCUAAAAUGGCCCAAGUAGUGGAAGGUGAAGCAUCAGAGUCGGAUUCUGAAAUAGAGGAAGGAAAAUCUCCCGAUUCGUCCGCCUGUUCCAAAGCCUUUGUGAUAUCAGGAGAGGCACCGGAGUCUGAUGAUGAAUCCAAAAUCCAGUCUCCAAGUUUAGACGAGCUCGAUGCUCCUCUCCAUACAUCCAUGUUUCCAGCUUCACCAACUAAACUGAUGCACAAUUCAAUACUACAUCAGAAACUGUGGGAAUGUAAUGUAUCUUUAAGAGCAACGAUUGAGGGUCUAGUGAGGAACAGCACUAGUAUAUGUGUGGAGAAACUGAUGACAUCGGAUAAAAUACUACUCAGUGUACAGGAGAGUAUGAGAGCUACUAACGCCAACCUCACGCUGGCCAGAGCUCGUCUCAAACAGAUACACGAAGAGUUACAGAAUGCUAACUGCGGCAGCGCGCUACCUACGGUUAAAAUAAAAUGA